UCGUGUCGGGGCGCAAUGGUUGACUCUUUGGUGCGUUGAGCAUUGGAUACAUGUGCAUCGUCAGCCCCCUGGCGGAACCGCUCCAGUCGACUUCGUACUGUGGGUAAUGUUUAUUAGCGAUUGACAUUGCCUUACCGUUGAGCAACAACUAUUGAUGGGAUCAGUAUUGCGGCUUGUUGUUCGAUCGUGCAUAAAGGUGUCAUUUGCAAUGGAUUCGUCGAUGACGAGUAAAAAGUCCGCAAACUCAAAAGGUUCGUCACGUCGCCCGGUCGGCGUCACGCGUCAAGUGUCGAACGUUAGUGCCCGAAGCCGAUCCACUCUAAGCUCAGGUGGAAGCCCCAAGGUGGCUCGUAAAGGUUCAACACCUGUUUCUCGCACGGAAACCACUUCAGGUCGUAGUCCCGUAGGCCCUAAAAAACUGGCAUCAAGCGCAACUAUCAAACAGACGCGAAAGACUACUGACCAUACUGCUGCAGGUCAGGCGAUACACGCGGAGAAAGAACGCUCUCAGGACCACUUAAAACCUUUGAGUGGUGUUGAUAAGCAGACUUCAUUAAAUUUAGCUAAGGCCAAGGUCAACGUCGGCAAUCGACAAACAGAAAAGCCGAAGACGAAUGGCACUCCCAAUACCAAAAGCGGCUUGUCGAGUAGGUUAUCAUCUGGUGCUGAGACCUCAGUCAACAAGACGAGUACCCCUAAAGAACGUAGCGAGGAAAAAGGUGAACAGCUGCCUCUGAAAAGGGUGACAGGGCGGGAUAUCAAUCGAAGUUCAGCGCGGGGAAAGACCAUUCGAAGUGAUAGCUCAGACAUGGACGCGGCGUCAAAGCUUGUUAGCGCAAAGAUAUAUGAACUACGAACUGAAUUGGUAAACAAUAGUCUGAUAACGGCUCCAAUCAAGGAUUUUAUUGGACAGGGUAGCGUUGAAAGUUUUGUGGUGUUACCUCUUGGGAGGUUCUCUCAGAAUUCUAAGUCGCUUUGGCAAGCGGCAAUGAUGGAGCUACUGCUAGAGAUCGCAGUUCCCAAACGACGAAUUUUUCUGGACUCAUCUUUAAUCGACCUCGAGAAGGAGAGUCUUCGUAGCCAUGCGUUCGUUCACCGUGGGGAUGCAGGGGUACCUGAAGAUAUUGAGAUGCUUGAAAAUACGAUGGGAGAUUUUGUAUUGGUAACAAAAUCGCGGAAAAGUCGAUCGAAGGUACUAACGACUGCUACAGCGGCCGUGAGCGGCAAUCAGUGUCUACAAGAAACCGAGCCUGUAGAUGACGCUGUCGUAAGAUCUGACCUAGAACGGGCUAAACAGGAAUUAGCUUCGUCGGAAUACUGGAACCAAGUCAAAAACGUUCUCGGAACAGAUUCUUUCGAAGUUCUCGUUUGCUUGGGGCUUGGUCAGACAUGCUACAGUAUGACGUCACGAUGGCAAACUGCAAUGCUUUUUCUAUUGAAGGAGCAGCUCGAACCUUUAAGUUGUGUCGCUUAUGAUCCCUUGUUUGCUAGCUCCGAUAGACGCGUAUUAGAAGACGUCGGAAUUGAAACCCUUUACGAAAACAACGAGGGCCGUCUCGCCUUUGCUGGCAGGAAGACGCUGUUCUUUAUGCCGCACUGUGGUAGACCUCUUUUUAAUAGUGUUCUUUAUGCCAACAGACAUCAGCUAAGUCAUAUGACAAUUUACGGCAAUUCAUUUCGAACUAUAUUUGGCAGCGUAGAGUUUGAAAACAGGAUGCGGCGAGGAAAAUAUCCUGCACUAAAAGGAUGUCAGGAUAUAUUUGAAGAGGUGUCUCUGAAGAAUGUGUUCCAUUACCAAGACGUGUUUAACGACCUUAGUAUAAUUCGCUUCAAUGCUGAUUUAGUGUCAGAUAUUCCUGAUCCUGUCUAUGGCGAUGAGGAUGAAAUUAUACUAAAACGACAAAUGGAAAAUCUAGGUCUGCAGUGAUUAACGCGUUUUGGUUAAUAUAAAUAUAUUCCGCUUGCACUAGCGUUUGUAUUCUUUAGUUUAUUAACAGAGAGGUGGAAAAGAAAUCGGACUCCGGAGUUUUUCCAAUAUAAAACAAAAUGCGGAUUGUAUUCGAAAACUAAUGGCAAUGUUUCAUCAUAUUUUCAGGAGCCUGAACAAUUUUCGAAUACCGUUUUAACGUAACUUUCAUGGAAAUUGAUUUAUUUAUAUACUAUCUAGUUCAAGAUUGCAGGUUAUUUAGUUUGAAAGAAUCCAUAAACGACUAUAUUAUCUAAACAUGUAUAUGUCUACAAAAAGAAACUCGGAAGUUGGGUACUGUUUGAAUGUACGACGUUGCGAGCAGUUCCAAUGUCACAAAUUUUUCGCACUAGAGUUUCAAUGUUCUUAUAGUAGGUCACGAAAUUUUGCACCGUUAUAAUAUAGCAUCACCGUGAGAUAUGGAAUUAAUAUUCAUCAUGCACCAUACUGAGCGGUUUAGUAGUAGUCAUACAUUAAGGACAACUGGCUUCAGUCAAAAAAACAAGAGUACUGUUGUAAAUUUGCGUGAGGUCCGUGACCUAUAUUACCGGUCUUUACGUCGGUGACAAGAACAAAAUAAAAAUGACUAGACAGUGCUGUCUAUUUAGAAACUAG